GUAUUUAUAUCUUUCUUCUUCAGCAAAAUCAAUUUUUUUUUUUGAAAAACCCUAGCUCCAUUUCCCUGUAAUUUUUUGUUGAAUUAGAUCUUUUCAUUUUCAAGGGGUUUGACUUGUUCAUUGGAGUUAGAUAUAUAUCAUUGCUUUUCUUGAUUUCUUUGUACAAGAAAGAUAUAGCGAUCCAAUACUGCUUCGAAUUCCGCGUUGUCUGCUGAUAUUAUAUAUAUAUAUUAUCAAGUUCUCAUUUUUAUAUAUUUUGGGUGCUUGAAUUUCUCCAUGAUUGGAUCAAUUUCUCCGAUUCGGUUGAUAAUAUUGUAGUGUUGAGAGAAAUAGGGUUGAAAAGAGGGAGAAAGAAAGAGAAAGAGAGGGAUUGCAGUGUAUGGGGUUAGGUUCGAAAAUGGAAGGAACUUCUGCCCCUGCAAAUAGACGAGACCCGUAUGAAGUACUCUCAGUUUCGAGGGAUUCAACCGAUCAAGAAAUUAAAUCUGCUUACAGAAAGCUUGCUCUCAAGUAUCAUCCAGACAAGAAUGCUAGCAAUCCUGAAGCUUCUGAACUUUUCAAGGAGGUUGCUUAUUCUUAUAGCAUAUUAGCUGAUCCAGAGAAGAGAAGACAGUAUGAUAGUGCAGGUUUCGAGGCUCUUGAUGCUGAAGGCAUGGACAUGGAAAUUGACUUGUCAAAUCUUGGAACAGUCAAUACAAUGUUUGCAGCUUUGUUCAGCAAGCUUGGUGUCCCUAUCAAGACUACAAUAUCUGCUAAUGUACUUGAAGAAGCUAUGAGUGGGACUGUUACUGUCAGACCACUUCCAAUUGGAACAUCAGUCAGCGGAAAGGUUGAAAAGCAGUGUGCUCAUUUUUUCGGUGUAACAAUCAAUGAACAACAAGCUGAGGCAGGGAUUGUAGUAAGGGUUACUUCAACUGCACAAAGCAAAUUUAAGUUAUUGUAUUUCGAGCAAGACGAAACUGCCGGUGGUUAUGGUUUGGCCCUACAGGAAGAUAGCGAGAAGACAGGGAAAGUGACAUCUGCAGGGAUGUACUUUUUACAUUUUCAAGUUUACAGAAUGGAUUCAACUGUGAAUGCGUUGGCAAUGGCAAAGGAUCCCGAAGCAGCUUUCUUUAAGAGAUUGGAAGGUCUACAACCUUGUGAGGUUUCAGAACUAAAAGCCGGCACUCAUAUAUUUGCUGUCUAUGGAGAUAAUUUUUUUAAGACUGCUACCUAUACGAUCGAGGCAGUUUGUGUGAAGACAUAUGAGGAAACUACGGAAAAGCUUAAGGAUAUUGAAGCUCAGAUUUUAAGAAAGAGAAAUGAGCUUCGCCAAUUUGAGACAGAGUAUCGAAAGGCAUUGGCUCGUUUUCAAGAAGUGACCAACAGAUACAGCCAGGAGAAGCAAUCGGUGGAUGAGAUGCUGAAACAGCGAGAUAAUAUCCACUCCUCGUUCUCUGUUACUCGGCCUGUGAAUAAUGGUGGAGGAGCUGGCAGUGGAUUAAGUAAUGGGAGUGGCAGAUUCCCCGGUGAAGAUUCGAAGGCAGAGUCUCCAGGGGAAGAUGAUGGGAAAGACAAAUCAGCCAAAAAGAAAUGGUUUAAUCUCAACCUCAAAGGAUCAGACAAGAAACUCGGUUGAAAAGCAGCCGCCAACAGCUCAAGCAAGGUCUCCUCCGCCUUAUAUUCAAACGUUCACAAAAUGUUGUUCAUUAUGCUAAUUUUCCCAUUUUAAGUUGUGUAUGCAAAAUUAGUUUUAUAGUGUUUGUAUUAAUGUAAUUCAUAUUCAUGUUUUUGCAUUGACUUGACAUCAUCAUCAUUGAUCAUCCAAAUACAUGUAGUUAUAUCAAGCUUUUUGAUUUUUGAUUUA